AUGGCUCCACUGCCCAACUACCCGCCGUCCUUUGCAGCGGUGCAGCCCGAACCAAUGCUUAGGUGGAACGGUGGCGUGGAUACGAACGGCUUCGUCGACACUGGAACGCCCGGUGUGAACUCCUACGCAAUGGUUCAGGCAUCACCGUACGGAGGCGGCAUCCAGGUGCCCUCCACGGCUCUUGCACGGCGACAGAGCAGUAGGGCGCUCGUCCCGACGGCUGCGAAGUCCCCUUUUGACCGCGCUCCGGACAGUUGGAACGGAUUCGGCGAAGACCCUGGCUACCUUCCGCCGGCCAAUGGAAGCUUGGAUGAACAAGACAGCAUCGAACGGCUCGAGGAGAUGGCCCAGCGGGCAAAGCGUGAGGCCCAGGCCAAGAGGAAGCAGAUUCCCCCGUUUGUUCAGAAGCUCAGCAGCUUCUUAGACGAGUCUAGGAACACUGACCUUAUCCGCUGGUCUGACAAGGGAGAUUCGUUUAUCGUUUUGGAUGAGGACGAGUUUGCUAAGACGCUGAUCCCCGAGCUCUUCAAACACAACAACUAUGCCUCGUUCGUCCGCCAGCUGAACAUGUACGGCUUUCACAAACGUGUGGGGUUGUCCGACAACUCCAUGAAGGCGAGUGAGCGGAAGAACAAGAGCCCGAGCGAAUACUACAACCCCUACUUCCGUCGCGGUCACCCUAACCUUCUGUGGUUGAUCAACAAGCCUAAAAGCGGCAACAGCAAGAAGAAGGGCAAGAAGGACGAAGCGGACGUCGAGAGUGAAGAAGAUGGUGUGGAAGAAACAUACCCUGCGCAGAGCAUGGGAGCUUCCCAGAAUGGUAGAGGGUCCGUCUCGAACGAGCUCGGGCCGUUGCAGAAGAAGGAUCUGAUGCAGGUCAAGAACCAGAUUGAGAGGAUUCAACAGCAGCAGGUUGCUAUCUCCAACAUGCUCACAAAGAUGCGCCAGGACCAGAAUCAGCUCUACCAGCAGGCUGUGCUCUUCCAGAACAUGCAUGAGCGCCAUGAGAAUUCCAUCAACGCAAUCCUCAAUUUCCUGGCCAACGUGUUUCGGAAGUCGCUGGAGGAGCAGGGCGGCGCCCAGACCGUCCAAGAUCUCCUGGCGAGCAUCAUCCCAAAUGCCCAGGGCCACCCGCAAACUCAAAUAUCCACGGCGGGUGGUGUCGUCGAUCUUGGCGGGUUUGUCAAUCAGCGCCCCCAGAAUGUCACCGCAGUGGGCACACCGAAGCGACAACAGCGCCUCUUGCCUCCGAUUCCACAUCACCAAGCAAACAAGGUAUCGCCGCUCUCUGCAACCACGGCGCCGGCACCGAUCCCGCAACCAGCGCACCAGGCGCCCCGUGUGGGGACAGUCACCGAGCUCUUCGACGUCUCCACCCCUGAUACCACGUCCCCAGCUUACAUUAAGAACGAGCUGCGGAGCAAUCCUCAGGAGGGCAUGAUGAAAAUCAUACAGGACACCAAUGCGGUCAACAAUGCUUCCGGACUCGACUUACCAAACGUGGCCGCCAAGACUGCUGCCAGCAUGAACGACGACCAGCGGGCACAAAUGCUCAAUAUCAUGGCCGGGAGCAACGCCCCCACCGCCUCUCGCCCCUCCACUGCAUCCAACGGCAGCAGCAUCCCAGCCGUCAGGCCCGCCGCAUCGGUCCCGACGUCCACCACGCCGCCCAUCCCAGCCCCCAACCUCGCCCUCUCCCCGAACCUCUCGUCCCUGCAAAUGCCCUCCCUCCAGGAAAUCCAAAGCACCCAGGCCGAACUUGAAGCCCUCCAGCGCCUCCAGAACGAACAGGCGGACCAAAUUGACGCGCUCACCCACCUGCUCGGCCCGCUCAGCCCAUCGGGCCGCAUCCCGGGCCUUGACGAGCACGGGAAUCCGAAUACCGGCUACUUUGACACGGUCGACUAUGACCAGUUCCUCCAACCCCACGCCUUCUCGGAGCCCGGAUUUGAGUCGAACGCCGGGCUGGACGGAAUGGGCAUGCCUGGUGGCGCUGGGGCUGACAGUGCAGACUUCAAUUUCAGCUUGGAUGGUGGGGCAGCCGCCGCCGCCACGUCAGCUGGGACCUUUGCUGGUCAGGUUGGUGGAGAGCACACGGCCGGUGCCGGUGGUGGGGGUGCCGGUAAUGGAGGUGGCGGUAAUGGAGGUGGGUUUGAGUCGGGCCGGGUGCUGGAGACGGCGUCGCCGGCAAACACGGGUAGUCCUGCCUUGACCGAGGAGAUUGCACGGGAAGGGUUUGACAAGAGCCCUGAGCGGGGCUCUAAGCGCCGGAGGAAGGGCUAG